AUGGCUGCUACUGUGAAAUUUCUGAAGGAACUGCAGAGUGAGAUCACCUGUAGCAUCUGCAGGGGCUACUUCUAUGAGCCUGUAACUAUCAGAUGCGGGCACAGUUUUUGUCGAGCUUGUCUCUCCUCCAGCUGGAGAGUUGGAGCCCCAGAUUUCUCCUGUCCCCAAUGCAGGCAAGUUUCCCAGGACAGGGAGAUCCCAUUAGUGAACAGGCACCUAGCAGAAUUGACUGAGCUGGGCAAAGAGCUCAGCUCCAACCUUACGCAGAUCACUGAAGGACAGAACCAGUGUGUCACUCACAAGGAACCCUUCAAGCUAUUCUGUGAAGAGGACCAGACUGCACUGUGGGUGACAUGUUGUGAAACCCCAGAGCAUGGGGGACACAAAAUCUUCCCCAAAGAAGAGGCUGCUCACAAAUACAGGGGGGAGCUCCAGCACCUUCAGAUUCGCUUGGGGAAACAUUUGGAAGAAGCUGAACAACUUCUUGCUCAGGAAGAGAGACCUGCUAUGGACUGGCAUGAGAUAAUCAGAGGAGAAUUCCACAGACUGCACUGCUUGCUAAUGGAGGAAGAGAACCUAUGUUUUAAAAGGAUAAGGCAAGAGCAGAAGGCCAGCCAGGACAGACUAUACCAGUAUAUGCAAAGCCUACAGGACCUCAGGCAAGAGCUGCAAGAAGUGGGCCACCAAGCCAAUCUGGAUCUGCUACAGGAUGCCAAGGAGCUGCUGGGAAGGAGCGAGGCUGUGUUGGCCCAACAGACCAAGGCUAUCACCCCAGAAAUGAGAGAAUAUCCCAUCCAUAGCCUGAUAGAGAUGCUCAACAGGUUCAGAGUGGACCUCACUUUAGAUCCCAGAUCAGCCACUUCCUGUGUGACAAUUUCUGAGGAUCUCAAGCAUUUAAAGGCUGGAGGAAGCUGGCAAGUGGAGAGCAAGACUACUGAGGACUCUACUCACCAUUAUGCCUUUGCUAAGCAGGUCUUCAGAUCAGGUACCCUGUACUGGGAGGUAGAUGUGACUCAACUUCCUCAGUGGAUCCUGGGGAUCUACACCCCACACUUGAAAAGGAAAAGGGCAAGGAAUGUGGCCUCCUGUGCCUCUGUGUUCCUGCUUCGAUGUGUCAAGAAGGAAGGAAAUUACUAUUUACAGACCUAUCCUGGGCCACUGAACCAUCAAAUGAAAAGCCCUCUACCUCGGGUUGGGGUGUACUUGGAAUAUUCCCUUGGCACUCUGGCUUUUUACAAUGUUCUCCAGAGUUCUCUUAUUUACAAAUUCCAUUCUAUUCCCUUUAAAGCCCCUGUCAUACCCAUCUUUUCCCCUGGCCCCCCACUUCCAGGAACAAAGCCUGGUCCCAUGAUUCUCUGUCCAGUGGACUCUCAUCUUUGUGCUUGCUGCUAUUCCUCUCAAUGA